AUGAUGAACUUGACAGAACUGAAAGCUAACAGCUAAUAAACAUCCUUGCAUCACUUUCGUCCCGUUUAUAGCCGAAAAAAGGCAUAUUUUGUUGAUUCCUUUGGGUUAUCCGAGGAAAUACACUAGCCAACACUGCGUUCUUUGUGUCGGCAGUUCUUUCAGCGACUGUCAGCCUUGGGGAAAGUCGAAAUUGUGACGUUUUUUUAGAGGAUUGAACGGGGCUACGGAGACAUUGCAGCCGCAGUUAGCAUUGGGAGCUAGGCGAAAACAAAGAUGAUCGCGUUGAUUAACAGGCUUCUGGACUGGUUCAAGGCGCUAUUUUGGAAGGAGGAGAUGGAGCUGACGCUGGUGGGGUUGCAGUACUCCGGGAAGACCACCUUUGUGAACGUGAUCGCGUCUGGCCAGUUUAGUGAAGACAUGAUCCCCACAGUGGGCUUCAACAUGCGGAAGAUCACCAAAGGAAACGUCACCAUCAAGUUGUGGGAUAUCGGGGGCCAGCCCAGGUUCAGAUCCAUGUGGGAGAGAUACUGCCGAGGAGUCAGCGCCAUUGUAUACAUGGUGGAUGCUGCAGACCCAGAAAAGAUUGAAGCAUCAAAAAAUGAACUCCACAACCUCCUGGACAAACCACAGUUGCAGGGAAUACCAGUGUUGGUUCUGGGGAAUAAGAGGGACUUACCAGGAGCCCUGGAUGAGAAAGAGCUUAUCGAAAGGAUGAACCUGUCUGCUAUCCAGGACAGAGAGAUCUGCUGCUACUCCAUCUCAUGCAAAGAGAAAGAUAACAUCGACAUCACCCUGCAGUGGCUGAUCCAACACUCCAGGACCAAGAGGACUUCAUGAGACUCCCUCCUCCCUCCUUUCCUAAAGUGCCCUCCACUAUUACUGUCAUUCUCUAUCAUGUGCUGUAAUUACUGGCAACCCAAUGAAUUCAAAUGAGCUAAAUAUUGAUUAAGCUUAUUCUAGUGAUUUGUACUUGUUUUUACUGAACUGAAAUAUCCCAACUGCUUUCUAACAUUAAAGGAAAAAGAGUUUUAAGUGACCUAGAUGUGUACUGAAUCAGGCUGCACUGUCAAAGCAUAAUCACAGUUGCCCCAAACACUUAAUUUAAGGUUAGUUGGGUCUUUAAGUUACCCACAUCACAGUAGCUCUUAACAAGAGGACAAUAGUAAUGGAGGGCACUGUACAACCUCCUAUUUUGUCCUCUAAUCUUCCCUUAUCGCCUAUCUUUUUUUUUUUUUCCCCCUUUUUUUUUUGUUAAUGUUGAUCUGCACUUACACUGCUCUAUAUGGCAGAAAUCUCAGUAUUUAGUCUGAACAAAUGAAAACCAUCUGGAAUGCAAAACUUUUUACUUUUGCUCUGUCAUGGCAUUCAUAAACUUUGCCAUCAGAUGCUAGAAAAUAUUCACAACCAAACUAAAAGUGGUUUGUCCCAUGCCCUUCCUCUGAUUGGUUGUUUCCCUAAAGCAGCGUUUGUGCAGAUUUACCCAUAAGCCCUCACUUAUCUUACCUCUUCUCAUGGAUGUCUCCUUUUUGUUGCACUGUUUUGUUUUUGUAAAAUAUUAAUGAUCAAAUCCUAAUAAUGUUGAUAAGAAUACAAAAACAUUGUCCAGGCUUCAUCAUGGUCGACGUAGUGCCCCCUACAGUGCAGAUCUGGUGAACUGCAGGGAGCACUGUUUGAAGAGAUGUAGCUUUGUUUUAAUAUUUUUUUUGAUGGUUAAAAAACUCAUUUUUCUAUGAUUUGUAUUUUUUGUACAUUUUGUUAAUUUUUUUGAAAGUUGGAGCACGUCCUUCUCUCCUUCCCUCCAACACCCUUUUGUCCCAAUGCUUGUGAUGUGUUCAUUCUUCCUUCCUCUGUCUGAUCUCAUUUGUGUUCAAGUACAUAAUCAUAAGAUUGAUGAUGAUAAUAAUAGAAGGUGGGAAGGAUGCACUCUGAUUAAAGUGUUUUUAUUUAAAUAUUUUGCUUUGUGUCAAAAAAUAAAACUGAACUCGAUUAAAA